AUGGCGAAAAAGUUUGGAUUAGGUUCUUUAUCUUUAGAAACUAAAAAACCUAACACAACAGCGUGGAUAAAUAAAACGAAACCUUACUUUGUGGAUCAAAUAGGGGAUACUUUUCAAGGUGAUUUAGAUAUGAACAAUUUCAAAGUAACUAAUUUAAAAUCUUCAGAAAAUGAUAAUGACGCUGUUCACAAGAAAUAUUUAUGGGACCAAAUAAAUUCAAUUGAAAUGAUAAGAUUGCAAAACAAAAAAUUAGACAUUCAACAAUUAAUAGAUAACAUUCCAGGGGAAAAUGAAGAUACGUUUCAACAGGAAUUAAAUGCUCUGGAAACUAAACUUAACAGUGAAUUACAAAAAGAAAUAUUAAACAACAAAUACAAAACAUAG